AUGGCAGAGGAAAAACUUAAAAAAGAAGAAACACUCGCUAUGAGACUUAGGUUUAUCGGUCAGUCUUGUAGGCUGUUUUAUUCUGAGGACCCUGUGAAAAUAGUCAAAGCAAGAGGACAGUAUCUGUUCGAUGAAAAUGGGAAACCCUAUUUAGAUUGCAUCAGUAAUGUUCAUCAUGUGGGUCACUGUCAUCCUGCUAUUACUAAGGCUGCUGUGGCUCAGAUGGACCUCCUGAACACUAAUUCACGGUUCCUACAUGACAACAUUGUCCUGUAUGCAGACCGUCUGGCUUCCACCUUACCUGAGAAACUGCGUGUCUUCUAUUUCGUUAACUCUGGGUCAGAGGCCAAUGAUCUGGCCCUACGCUUGGCACAGCAGUACACCCAACACGAGGACGUCGUAGUACUCGACCAUGCAUACCACGGGCAUCUAAAAUCCCUCAUCGACAUUAGUCCCUACAAGUUUCGGAAACUGGCGGGACAGAAAGAAUGGGUUCAUGUGGCACCCUUACCAGACACUUACAGAGGCAUAUACCAAGAGGAUCAUCCCAGCCCUGGUCAAGCGUAUGCCGAUACUGUUAAAAAUCUAAUAGAGGAGAUCCACCAGAAAGGCCGUGAGAUUUCUGCCUUCUUCGUUGAAUCACUGCCGAGCGUCGGGGGACAAAUCGUCUUACCUGAGGGAUAUUGCUCUAAAGUUGCAGAAUACGUGCGCUCAGCUGGGGGAGUGUUUGUGGCAGAUGAAGUGCAGACCGGUUUUGGACGCGUGGGGAGUCAUUUCUGGGGUUUCCAGCUGCAGGGAGAGAACUUCUGUCCUGAUAUAGUGACCAUGGGAAAACCGAUGGGUAACGGGCAUCCCCUGGCGUGUGUGGCAACUACCAAGGAGAUAGCUGAAGCUUUCACAGCUAAUGGAGUGGAGUACUUCAAUACGUUUGGGGGGAAUCCAGUGUCGUGUGCCAUUGGCCUAGCAGUGCUCGACGUGAUAGAAAACGAGGAUCUCAGAGGAAACGCCACAAGGGUGGGAACACAUCUCAAAGAUUUGCUUAAGAAACUACAAGCAAAACAUGAAAUCAUUGGAGAUGUCCGAGGCGUAGGGCUGUUUGUGGGGCUGGAGUUGGUGACAGACAGACAGAAGAGAACUCCUGCCACUAAAACAGCUGCAUGGGUGGUGAAGAGGUUGAAGGAGGAGGAUCGGAUCUGUGUGAGUACAGACGGGCCCUGGGAAAAUGUGCUGAAGUUUAAACCCCCAAUGUGCUUCAGUUCAGAAAACGCAGACCUGGUGGUGCAGUGUAUCGACCGCAUCCUCACGGACAUGACGGAUAACAAUCUCAAGCUGGACAAUGAAGACAUCUAA